AAAUACGUUGAGUGUUAUGUCGUCGCUUUUCGAAGCAAAUUCCCUUCUAAUAAACAACCGACCCAAAAGGGGAAAAUGCGAACGACAGAAGAUCACAUAUUGAUUGCAAAAUCCAUGUCUUUGAUCGUCAUUCGUUUAAAAGAACCAAGAUUGAAUCCAGUUUCUUGAUUCCAUUUCAGAUAUUUAUCCAGAAAAGGAAGAAAAGCCAACUGUUCGUUAGUCUCUGACUUUACUUCUGUCCGACGACGAAAAAGACUGUUUCCGAGAAGAGCGAAGUGAUGGCUGCAGGGGCGGUUUGGAGACGGACUGCAAACCGCUGUUUCGAUGCGAAAAGAGCUCCUAAAUUAGCAUGUUCAACUUCAUCCUUAUUGUCAAAACAAGUAGAUAACAUUACAGAUGUGAAUGACAGUUUCUCCCUUCUCAACAACAAAUUAGACCCAAGAUGGUGGCUUGAAUUGCAGCCUGAUUAUAUAUACCAAAUGGGUUUGACCAAUGAACAAGUCAACGCUCGUAAUCAUCAACAAUUCAUCAUAAAUCCAAAUGGUACUAGUAUAAGUUCUCUGUCAAAAGAAUCUUACGAGAUGGAUCCUGUAGACUGGAAAUUUCAGCAGUUUGAGAAAAAUGGUGAGCUUCAGCUUCCAUGGUGGCAAAAAGAUGAUUUGGGUUCAAAUGUUUCCAAGAGAUGGCAUGAUCUUCACAAGGGUUCAAACCCACAAAAUGCCGUUUCACGAGUUCAAGUUACAAGCAAGCCGAUCAGCCCGCUUGGCAUGGCAAACAGUAACUGUGCAAUGCAUCACGGUCCAAGAGAAAAACCGAUAUCCAAGGUUGAUUCAAGCAAGGCGAAGAUAUUAGAAGCUCUUCGACAUGCUCAAACACGUGCAAGAGAAGCGGAAAACGCAGCAAAGGAAGCGUACGCAGAGAAAGAACAUGUCGUCAAACUCCUCUUCAGACAAGCAUCCCAGUUAUUUGCAUACAGACAAUCUCUCUAUCUUCUACAACUUGAAAAUCUUUAUUACCAAAUCAAGAACAACAAGACCAACAGAGUGUCCAAAACUGGGAAAUUACACAAGAAUCUGAAGAAACCACCACCGGCAAAACGGAAAACACAAAGCAGAGAUGGUGUUGGGCAAUAUGAACAUGAUAUAGGCAAAUAUGCGGUUGUUUUUCUAAUGGGAUUGGGGCUCGUUGGUGCAGGGUUGCUUCUUGGAUGGACUGUAGGAUGGAUGUUGAUUUAGGGCCGAUACCAACACAAAAAGAGUCAAAGUGUUAACCGGGUAAGAAUACAGUAUGAGUCAACACUGAUCCGGUCAGCAUUAGGGGCCGGUAAAAGGGUUAUUGUAAACAGCAACAUAAACAACCCCUAGUAUUCAGAUCUUCUAACUAUGUAGCCACGGACGGUGUACAAAGUUCAAUUUUCUGGUAGCCGUUCCAUAAAUACUUGUUCUUUUUUCGUCUUGAAAUCAUGUUGGUUGCCUUCAUUAAAGGUUUGUAAUAUCUUUCCAUAUAUGUUAU